CACGAGUCUUUUAACAAAUCACGUACCAAAACAAGACAUUAAACAAUAUCAAAACAAUGGAACUCUUACUUCCACACCCAUCAAACUCAACUCCACUCACCGUCCUCGGCUUCUUAGACCGAGCCGCCUCCGUCUACGGCGACUGUCCAUCCAUCCUCCACACCACAAACACCGUCCACACUUGGUCCGAAACCCACAACCGUUGUCUCCGAAUAGCCUCGGCUCUCACUUCCUCUUCCCUAGGCAUUAACCAAGGCCAAGUCGUCUCUGUCGUGGGCCCCAACGUCCCGUCCGUCUAUGAGCUUCAGUUCGCUAUACCAAUGUCCGGAGCCAUCUUAAACAACAUCAACCCUCGCUUAGACGCACAUGCACUCUCUGUCCUCCUGCGUCACAGUGAGUCCAAGCUCGUUUUUGUCGACCACAGCUCCAUCUCUUUAGUUCUCGAAGCAGUCUCGUUCUUGGGACAACAUGAUAAGCCUCACCUCGUCCUCCUCAACGAUGAUGACGAUUCUUCCUCUACUUCAGCCGCGUCUGAUUUUCUUGACACGUACGAAGGGAUCAUGGAGAGAGGAGAUUCAAGAUUCAAGUGGAUACGUCCACAAACUGAAUGGAAACCGAUGGUGCUUAACUACACUUCCGGAACGACGUCGUCUCCCAAAGGAGUGGUGCUUAGCCACAGAGCAAUUUUCAUGCUUACUGUUAGCUCCUUGCUUGACUGGUCCUUUCCAAACCGUCCGGUUUACCUUUGGACGUUGCCGAUGUUCCACGCUAAUGGUUGGGGUUACACGUGGGGAACCGCUGCCGUUGGAGCCACUAACGUUUGCACACGGAGAGUUGACGCGCCAACUAUAUAUGACUUGAUCGAUAAGCAUAAAGUAACUCACAUGUGUGCUGCACCGAUGGUUCUCAACAUGCUCACUAACUAUCCUUCCCGUCAACCGCUCAAGAACCCGGUUCAGGUGAUGACGGCUGGAGCUCCACCUCCUGCAGCCAUCAUCUCUCGAGCAGAAACCCUCGGUUUCAAUGUCGGUCAUGGGUAUGGUUUAACGGAGACAGGAGGCCCUGUUAUCUCAUGUGCUUGGAAGCCUGAGUGGGAUCAUCUUGAUCCCUUGGAGCGAGCUAGACUGAAGUCAAGACAAGGAGUAAGAACCGUUGGAUUUGCUGAAGUCGACGUUAGGGACAAGAGAACAGGCCAAAGUGUGAAGCACGACGGAGUUUCAGUUGGAGAGAUUGUGUUAAAAGGAGGAUCAGUUAUGUUGGGUUACUACAAAGACCCUGAAGGAACUGCGGCGUGUAUGAGGGAGGACGGAUGGUUCUAUACCGGAGAUGUGGGGGUUAUACAUGAAGACGGUUACUUGGAGGUGAAGGACAGGUCAAAGGAUGUGAUCAUAUGCGGAGGAGAGAACAUAAGCAGCGCUGAGGUCGAGACUGUUCUAUACACUAAUCCGGUGGUGAAGGAAGCUGCGGUGGUGGCUAAACCGGAUAAGAUGUGGGGAGAGACGCCGUGUGCUUUCGUGAGCUUGAAGUAUGGUAAUAAUGGUGAUGGGUCGGUGACUGAGAGGGAGAUAAGGGACUUUUGUAAGACGAAGUUACCUAAGUAUAUGGUUCCAAGGAAAGUGAUUUUUCAGGAGGAGCUUCCGAAGACAUCUACUGGUAAAAUUCAGAAGUUUCUUCUCAGACAAAUGGCUAAGUCCUUGCCUUGAUGAUCUGGUUUGAGUUAUUGAGUAUAUGAAGAAACUCUAAGAAGUAAAAUAAAGUGUAUUUAUCUUGGGUGAUGUAUUAAUGUACCCUUGAGAAGGGAUUAGUUUCUAAGUUUGAUGUAACACGCUUGAGUUAAUUGUAAUGAGAUUUGCUAAGAAAGUGUGACUUACAAGUUAA